AUGCCGGUCUACGUCCCCACGGUGUUUGAUAACUACAAAACCAGAGUCGACCUGGGCUCCAAACUGGUAGAACUCAACCUCUGGGACACAGCAGGUCAAGAAGACUACGACCGGCUGAGACCGCUGUCCUACAACGAUGCUGACGUCAUCAUCAUCUGUUUCGACGUGUCGUCACAGGCGAGCUUCGAGAACGUCGAAGUUCGGUGGGCCCCUGAGAUCCGGCACUUCUGUAAGGGCAUCCCCAUCUUCCUCAUCGCCUGUAAGUCGGACCUGCGGAACGACAGAAACACGUUACAACAGCUGGCGUACAGAGGACAGGAGCCGGUGUCAUAUGAACAGGGAAUGGCCUUGGCCAAGAGGAUCAGAGCACGUGGGUACAUGGAAUGUUCCGCGAGAUAUGGCGAGAACUUAGAUCACGUGUUCCUGACGGCAGCGAAGACAGCAGCAAAUGUACAGACCAGAAGACACAGAAAAAUCAACUGUACUUUACUUUGAUGUGUUAUAUGGUUAAUGUAUGUGUUUUUAAGGUUGUCAUAUUGUCUCAGAUAGAACUUAUGUACAAAUAAUGUAGUUAGAUAUGAUAUAUGUGAAAAAAGUUGAUGGCAAUAAUGAGUAAAUGAGUCACAUGGAAAAUCAAUUUUGCAUAUGGAAGAGUAACUACAGUUAGAAAACAUCCAUGAAAUAUAGUUGGGUGGUUUCACAGAAUUUCUUUGUUGGUGAACACAACCAUCUAAAAACACAACUUCUAUACUUUUUACUGUUUAUCAUGGUAUUUGAAAUGUUUGUAAAGAAAUCUUGUGUCUUAUUUGGCUUUACGUUUCUGUACAAGCAGGCAUCAUGUACUAGCUCAGAAACCUCAUUUUCAGUAUUGAAACUAUGAAUGCAUUUUAUUUCAAUGCCACAUGGCCACUGUGUAUGUGAACUGUGCAGGACACAGGGAUAUUUUCAUUAGUUUCACAGUGCCAUGUAACAUUGGUUUCAGCAUUCUUGUUCAUAAAAUUCUCAUUUUGUUUGGCACACUUUAAUAGAGUAGGUGUGUCCCUUAACUACAUGUACUAUCAGUGCAACUGAUUGUGUAGCAAAGGUACUUUUGCUACCAGUUUCUGAGCAUCUAUUUUUCAGAAACUCAUUUUUUGUCUGCAACCCCUUGGUGUCAUGCUAUACUAGGUCAUGGGUCAAAUGUUAUAGGUUAAAGGUCAUGAACCACAAUGUAUAAAUGUAGACAACAUGAAACAUUGCAAAUAUUGCUUAUUUCCUUUACUUCAUCCUUUACUUGAAGAUACACUUGGUACAUAAGAUUAAAUAUAUUACAUCAUGGCUUCUUAGUUAUUAUGGUUGCAUUCAACUUUGUUGGCAUAUUUAUUAUUAUCAUAAAACCACUUGAACCAUAAAUUAUUUUCUACAUAUUAAAUUCAGCAUAAAAGA